AUGGAGACAUAUCUCUGGAUGUCUGAAUUCCCGAGUAAAAAACGCCUAUGUCAUGAAGGGCAUUGCAAAUCCCUGGAUUGCAAAAUGUAUAAACUGCCCGCGAAUAAAGGAUGGCCCGACAGCGCGUAUUAUGAAGUCGCUGAUGUGAAAUUCCAAAAACUCCGACGCUGGUGUGACUGGGAGCAGGAUUCACCCGGUGGGCAACGCAAGGGAUUGCUAGGCAAUUUCCUCGGGUCGUUUAAAAGCAUGCUGAUUUAUCCUGGGACACGAUGGUGUGGCAUGGGCAACCGUGCCAAUCACUACAAUGAUCUAGGUUUCCUGCAUAGUAGGGAAGAUGCUUGUUGUCGUGAGCAUGACAUGUGCCCGGUGUUUAUUCAGGCAGGGACUUGUGUGCACAAUCAAAUGGCACCCAAUCUGUGUAACAAUUCAAGCGUUACAAUGUCUCAUUGUGAUUGCGAUCGGCGUUUUCAAAAAUGCCUGCAGAGUUUAGGCACGCCAACUUCAUACAUCCUAAGAAAGUUGUAUUUUAACAUGUUGGGUGGACGCUGUUUUGCUCACGAUGGCCAAACCGGUAUUCUGCGCACCUUCGUGCUCACAAGUCUCGGCAAACUCAAACAUACUAAUUAUAAAAAGUAA